ACCAUCAGUUUACACAGCAUCCUAGGUUCAUAUGUUUUGUCCCUGAAUUAAGUAGAGCUAUUAAUUUCAUUAACAAGAAGAUGAGUCAUUUUUUAGCCUACUAAUCCAGUCCUGAUCUCAAAGCCCCACCACAUCAGAACACACGCGGCAUCUCUUGAUUAGUGUGGAGCGUCCACACCGACCAUCUUGGUUAUCUUCCUCCGAGGGCCGACAGACGACCAAGUCCAUAUUAUUUGUAAGCCAUGUUACCCAGAGUUGAGUUUGGAUUUCCUUGGUUUUUCACCUAUAAAUGCCCAACACGCACUUCUCAGGGUGAAACCACAAUUUGACAUUCAAACGUCACAGAUUGAGCACUUUAGUCUUAUUGCUGAUAUUUAUUCUGCUAAUUCCCAACAAUAUGGAGGGUCACCAUGCUGAGGGAGAUCACAACAAGGCAGUGGAAACAACAGAUCGUGGUAUGUUCGAUUUCUUGAAGAAGGAGGAUGAGGAUGUGGCCAUGGCAGAUGCCCACAAGCCAAACAAUGCAAAGGAGAAGGAGAAGCCGAAGGAAAAACUCCACCGUGCUGAUAGCAACUCUAGCUCAUCUAGUGAUGAAGAAGAGGAAGGAGAAGAUGGUGAGAAGAAAAAGAAGAAGAAAGGAUUGAAGGGCAAGAUCAAAGAAAAGAUAUCUGGCGACAAAGAGGCAACAGAGCAUAAAGACACAUCAAUCCCAACUGCGAAUCCAGAGGAGAAGAAAGGCUUUCUAGAUAAGAUAAAGGAGAAACUUCCUGGUCAGAACAAGAAACCAGAAGAUAAUGCCUUGGAUGGGCAUCCUGCAGAACGUGAGCCAAAGGAGAAAGGAAUCUUGGAGAAGAUCAAGGAGAAGAUUCCCGGGUACCAUGGACACAAGACUGAAGAGGAUAAGGGCAAGGAAAAUUGAAGUUAAAACUUGCCACUAAAACUGUAUCUUGGAAUAUGUUGUCUUUGUGCUUGCAUUGUGUUUAUGUGCUCCCUACAAGUGUUUCUUGUGCUUUGGGAGUCUUUGUGUCGUAUUCCUGUGUUGCAUCAGUCAUUUGAUAUUUCCU